GACUCCUCCGCAUCCUUCUUCUCCAUCUUCUUCCUCCUCCGAUCUCUCCAAACCCUAAGCUAAGCAAAUCCAAUCCAAUCCAAUCCCAUCCCACCGCUGGCGAUCGCCUCUGGAUUUCCAUGACCGCCUCCUCCGGCGGCGGCAGCGGCAGCGGCAGCGGAGGCAGCAUCUCAUCUCCGGCGCCGCGGGCCAUGAAGCGCGAGCUCGCCUUCGCGCUCCAGUCGCUCUCCGAGAUCACCGCUUCGCCGGGCCGUACCCGCUCCGGCCGCUCCCUCUCCUCCCCCGCACCCUCCGCCCAAGCCGCCGCCAAGAGGCGUAAGACUAGAUCGGAGCCUCCCAGCAAGGAUGCGGAGGGGCCCGCGGAUCUGGUCUCCCCGCCAACGCCUCCCUUGGACGCCGAGGCGCCCAAGGUAGCCAGCCACGACGCCGCCGAGGCGCCCAAGGCAGCCGGCAACGACGCCGCAGAGGCACCGCCCUUGGAUGCCGAUGCGCCCAAGGCCAGCCACAACGCGGGCGACCCGCCGCCCUUGGAUGCCCAGCCUCCGCCCAAGGCCAGCCACCACGACGACCUCGUCAUGGUGGACGUCGAGGCCCACCACGACGCCGACCUUAUGGACGCAUGCGCCCUAGCGCCGCCAGCAGAGAAGAAGGAAGAGGGAUCCAUUCCUGUCGUCUCCCCUCAGCACCUAAAGGAUGGAUCCGAUGCUCCUGGAGAAGACGCUGAUUUCACAACCCAACAGCCUGGCGAGCCUGCAAAACAGGAAGCAGGAGCUAAUGAGCCCAAUGCUGCCGCUGCGCCGCCGCUUGCAAUGCCGGAAGAGUGUGCUGUGUUGGGAUUGGAUGCGCGGCCAGCUUUGCAGGAAUCCACUGCUGUGGCCGGAGAGAACCACAGGGACAACCUCAUGGAUGCUUGUCAUGGAUCAAAUGGACCGAGCAUACUGGACAAUGUCCUGGCUGAUCCUCCUUCAGCUGCUGAGGAAGCCGCCACACCUGCUUCCACUGCUGGCCUCAAGCUUGCAAGACGCUUCACACGAUCACUGCUUGGUAACAAACUGGACAAAGAGGCUGCAGCUAGUGAAAGUCAAGACAGUGAGGGCAAGAAAGAUUCCUCGACUGAAUUGGCUCAAACACCAGGGAGGAGGUUCACAAGGUCACUGCUCAAGCCAAAGGUUGAGGCACGCCCUACCAGCAAUCUGGCUGUAUCUGAAGAGCCAGCUGACAGCACAUCACACACCCCUCCAUCGGUGAAGAAGAUGGAGAUGAAGAUGUCUAAGAAGGUUGACUGCUUUACUAAGCACCCAACCAACGUCAGAGAGUUGCUCAGCACAGGCCUGCUGGAGGGAAUGCCGGUCAUGUAUAUCAUCCCUCAUAGCAAGAAGCCUGUGCUGAAUGGAGUGAUUACAGGUUACAUUAUACGUUGCUUUUGUGUUAAGUGUAAUGGCUCCAAGGCCAUUUCUACUUAUUUGUUUGAACAACAUGCUGGAAGCAGCAAAAAACACCCUGCAGAUCACAUCUACUUGGCGAACGGUAAUAGUUUGCGGGAUGUGAUCCGUGCCUGUGAAAGUUCUCCUUUGGAAUCUCUUAACAAAACAAUCCAGUCUUCCAUUGAUCCCAUGAGUAUAAGGAGCCGCAUGAAUUGUCUGAAUUGCAACGGGCAUCUUCCUUCAUCACAAACUGAACACUUUCUGUGUCACUGUUGCCUAGAGUCAAAUCAACCUCAAGAUCCCACUUCCCCAUAUACAUGUAACAAGAGCAAUUCCAGUCUGACUCCAAGUUCCAAGGAGUUUUCGUUGAAGAAGAUAUCGUUAAGCAAAGGUGGGAGUACUGGAAAAGUAACAACAAAGGACACUGGCCUACACAAAUUGGUAUUUAAGGUGUUGCUUGAUGGCACUGAAGUAGCCUACUAUGUUGACGGGCAGAGAAAGGUCGAUGGGUACAUCAAGGAUCAAAGAAUCUACUGUAACCACUGCAAUAAAGUGGUUAGUCCCUCGGCAUUUGAAGCUCAUGCGGGUGAGGGAUCAAGACGCAAACCGUAUGACAACAUCUUCACAUCGAACGGGGUAUCCUUGCAUGAGCUGUCAAUGAAAAUAUCAAAAGAUAUGGAAUUGUCGGAACGUGAAACUGAUGAUCUGUGCAGAGAAUGUGGUUUAGGGGGAGAUAUUUUCGCUUGCAAAAUGUGUCCAAGGUCAUUUCACCUAGCUUGCGUUGGGCUGUCUGAGGUUCCCUCAGAAUGGUUUUGUGAUAACUGUACCAUCCUUGUUCAAAAAGAAAAGGCUUUAGCAGCAAAUAAAAAUGCUAAGGCUGCUGGAAGGCAAGCCGGAGUUGAUUCUAUUGAACAGAUAAUGAAGAGAGCUAUAAGAAUUGUCCCAAUCUCGGAUGACCUUGGAGGAUGUGCCCUAUGCAAGAAAAAGGAUUUUAAUAAUGCAGUAUUUGAUGAGCGCACUGUGAUACUCUGUGAUCAAUGUGAGAAAGAAUACCAUGUAGGAUGUCUGAGAAGUCAAUGGCAGGUAGAUCUGAAGGAAUUACCUGAAGGGGAGUGGUUCUGCUGCAAUAGGUGCUCUGAGAUACGCUCCUCUUUGGACAAGAUAAUUUCUAUUGGAGCUCAGCCUUUGUCGGAGUCAGAUAUUGAUAUCAUAAGAAAGAAACAUGAAUCCAAAAGUUUAACCAUGGACAACGAUGCAGAAAUCAGAUGGCAAUUGCUUGCUGGUAGAAGUGCCACUGAAGAUGGCAACUUAUUGCUUUCUUCUGCUGUACCAAUUAUUCAUCAAUCUUUUGAUCCAAUCGUUGAAGCUCACACGGGUAGGGAUCUAAUUCCUGAGAUGGUCAACGGGAGGAGACCUAAGGAUGGAAUGCCAGGCCAGGAUUACAGUGGAAUGUACUGUGCAGUCUUACUUUUAGGUUCUACGGUUGUGUCAGCAGCACUUUUGCGUGUCAUGGGAGGUGACGUUGCUGAAUUGCCACUGGUUGCAACCAGUAUGGAUCUUCAAGGACUGGGCUACUUCCAAGUUUUGUUUUCAUGCCUGGAAAGGAUGCUGACUUCACUGAAGAUCAAGCACUUCAUGCUUCCAGCUGCCCAUGAAGCUGAAUCAAUCUGGAUGAAUAAGUUUGGUUUCUCCAGAAUCCCUCAGGAAGAGUUGGAAGCUUAUCUUAACGGGGCACACCUCACCGUAUUCCAUGGAACCGCAAACCUGUACAAGGCUGUUCCUUUGUCAUAGCAUGGGCUUAAUAAAUAGAUAAGCUGGUCCAGACAUAUUUGUCAUUCGAGGCUCUGCUGGUAACUGUACAUAUGAUGAUGAAGCAUGGCAAAAAGAUGAUUGAUAGUUAUGGCAAAAGUCUAAAAGGGCAACAUACUAAAAGAUAGCAUGCUGGAAGCAAACUGAUCCUGAGCCAGCUUGGUAGUACCUGAAACAUUUUAUCCUGCGGCGAAGAUAGAUGAUGCUGGAACUGGGAGCGAUGGUUUUGUGCCAGCUUUUGUUGUUUCAUUUCGUAUUUCUAGGGCGUUCAGCUGAGAGCCGCCCUGUGGAGUAGGUUUGAUGUAGUACAGGCCUGGCCAUCUCAGAAACUGCAGAAUUUUGUGGCGAUAUACUGUCCAGCUGAUCUUUGUCUGUUCCUGGUUGGAAUUUUGAUCUGUUAAUCCGUGUGGGUGCAUUUCUAAUGAAUUUUGAUGAUGGGAAGAGAUAUGUGAAUGGUUUCUUGAUGUAUGUAAGGGAUACAUUGUGUGGAAGUUAUGUUACAUCUGCCUCUUGGGUGGCAUGCCUUUACUUAGCAUUCAAA